GAUGCUUUCACUUUUAUUUUUCAAAAACUGCUUUUCUCUCUCUCUCUACAAACCCACCAACUUCUCUCUCUUACUUAAUCUUCCAAUGCCAGUUUGAACUUAUCCAAGAAAGAGAAAAACAAAAAUCCUAAAAAAUUCAAAGUUGUAGUGAAACUUCCCAGAACAAACCAGAACACACACAUGGGGGCUUUCCUAGGUCUAAGUUUUAGUCAAUUUAACCCUUUGGGUGUCCAUCAAAUUCUCUUUCUCAGGCCAAGGACUUGAUUGACUUUCUGGGUUUGGAGAAGAACUCUCACUUUGCUUUUGUUCAUCUGUGUAAUAUUUAUACAUAGUCCUCUUUUUUUUCUCUCUCUCUCUCUGUAAUGUAAUUAGCCCCUUCUGUUCUAAACUCUUUCCUCUUCUUGUAUCUCCUCUUCAUGUAAAUUCAGUGGUGAGAAGUGUUGUUUCUUUUCCUUUGUGUUGUAUGAUUAUCAUUGUUGUAUUGAAUAUUGUAGUUGGUGUGUGAUGAUGACCCAAUUGGGAAUAAAAAAUUGUUAAAAAUUCUCAUGAACAGUGUGGGUCGCUUUCUUUCAAGGUAUGAGAGUUUUAUUGUAUGGUUUACGGUGUCCAAGUUGAUGAGUUGAUGAUCCUCUUCGUGUGUAGGAUGAUAAUGCAUAUAAAAAACCAGAUGUUUUAUGUUGCAUCCCUUUGUUGGAUUUGAGAUACCCUUAUCUCUUUGCUUCCUUAAUUGGAAACAAGCACACAAGAGCAGAUCUUUCCCCUUUUUCACUUCUAAGUACACACACACAUCACAUACAUAAAAAAUUAAGAAAAAAAAAAACCAUACCUAUCUUUCUCUUACCCUGUACUUUCUAUCUGUACGUCUUUAUCUAUUUUUCUCUCUCCUCUUUUUCACUCCAAAUACCCCAUCCCUGUACCAUAUCUGAAGCCAACAGAAUUCCCAGAAGGGUUUUCAAAGUUUCAACCUUCAGAGUGGUUUUCUUGGUUUUUUUUUUUUUUUUUCUGUAUACCCUUUACAAGAUCUUGAAUUUGUUGAGAUGGAGUGUGAAGUGAAGUUACAAGGGGGAGAUCUGCAUGCAGAGGUGGUAACUGAACCAAACCCUGUCGGUUUUGACAACAUGGAAGAAGAACAGACUUUGUCGGUUGCCGAGAGAGAGAUGUGGCUGAAUGGUGACCAAGACGAGAUUCUGGGAGUCAAUGAGGCUUCCAUGUUCUACGCGGAUUUCCCUCCUCUCCCUGAUUUCCCUUGCAUGUCGUCAUCGUCUUCUUCAUCUUCUGCGCCACCGCUUCCUCUGAAAACCAUGACGUGUUCCACCACAACCACGGCAACCACCACCACUUCCUCUUCUUCCUCUUCCUCUUCAUGGGCCGUGUUGAAGUCAGAUGUGGAGGAAGAUGUGGAGAAAAACCAUGGCAACGGCUACAUGCAUGACCGGUUUGAUGCAACGGCUUUGUCUUCCACCGCUUCCAUGGAGAUUUCCCAACAGCAAAACCCCGAUCCUGGACUCGGUGGCUCUGUUGGAGAGUGCAUGGAGGAUGUUAUGGACACUUUUGGGUACAUGGAGCUUUUAGAGGCCAAUGACUUCUUCGAUCCCGCCUCAAUCUUUGAGAACGAGGAGAGCGAAAACCCUUUAAUAGAAUUUGGAACACUGGAGGAACAGGUGUCACUGCAAGAGGGGCAACAUGAAAUGGUGCAUCAGCAAGAGAACAUUGAAGGCGAUCGCAAGGUUCCAUUGUGUGAAGGGAUAAAAGGAGAGGAAGACGGUGGUGGCGUAGUAGAUGAUGAAAUGAGUAAUGUCUUCUUGGAGUGGCUCAAGUCUAACAAGGACAGUGUUUCUGCUAAUGACUUGAGGAAUGUGAAGCUGAAGAAGGCAACGAUUGAAAGCGCAGCAAAGCGUUUAGGGGGAGGAAAAGAAGCCAUGAAACAGUUGCUGAAGCUGAUUCUUGAGUGGGUUCAAACCAGCCAUCUUCAGAAUAAGCGGCGCAAGGAGAAUAGUGGCAAUGUUAGCAACCCUCUUCAGGCACAGAUUCAGGAACCCAGUGACCAGAACAACCAGAACAACCAGAACACGCACACGAGUGGCUCCUUUGCACCUGAAUCGAACUCUUGUUUCAACAACCAGACACCCUGGUUAAAUCCCCAAACUUUUGGGACAGAUCAAGCCCCUAUCAUGGUUCCAUCACAGCCCUAUUCACAACCCAUGGUGGGGUAUGCGGGUGACCCUUACACUGGCGGUUCUGCUUCGAAUAACAUCACAGCCACUCAUAACCAUAACCAUAACAAUAGCCCUUACCAACCAGGCACGGAGCAAUACCACAUGUUGGAGUCAGCACCUUCAUGGCCUCAUUCUCAGUUCAAUGUUCCUUCUCCUUAUAGCCAGUCUUAUGGGGACAACGGUCUUUUCACACCUGGGGGUUUUGGCGGCUAUGGCAAUAACCAGUAUCCUUAUCAGUUUUUUCAUGGUCCUGGUGAUAGGUUGAUGAGGCUAGGACCCUCUGCAACUAAGGAAGCAAGGAAGAAGAGAAUGGCGAGGCAGAGAAGGUUUUUAUCUCAUCACAGGAAUCACAAUGGUAAUCCCCUCCAGAAUCAAGGGUCUGACCCUCAUACAAGACUGGGAACUGAUAAUUGCACCACUGGUUUGGUUGCACCUCAUCAAGCAAAUUCUGCAGCAGCCAAUUGGAUGUACUGGCAGGCUAUGGCGGGUGGCGCCGCUGGCCCUUUGCCACCGGUGGUUUCGGCCGAUCCACUGGCCGGACAAACGGUGGUGGACCGGUCCACCAUGCACACACAUAAUUCUCAUCAGAAUCGAGCUGCAUCAGAUAGGAGACAGGGUUGGAAGCCUGAGAAGAACUUGAGAUUCCUUCUGCAAAAGGUGUUGAAGCAAAGCGAUGUGGGAAGUUUGGGAAGAAUAGUUUUGCCAAAAAAAGAAGCAGAAACCCAUCUGCCAGAGCUGGAGGCAAGAGAUGGAAUAUCCAUAACAAUGGAAGACAUUGGAACUUCACGUGUUUGGAACAUGCGCUAUAGAUACUGGCCUAACAACAAAAGCAGAAUGUAUUUGCUCGAGAACACUGGUGAUUUUGUGAGAGCCAAUGGCCUCCAAGAAGGAGAUUUCAUCGUCAUAUACUCAGAUGUGAAGUGUGGGAAAUAUAUGAUAAGAGGAGUGAAAGUGAGGCAACAAGGUGUGAAACCAGAGACCAAAAAAGCAGGAAAAUCGCAGAAAAACCAGACUGGGACUAAUGCAUCAAAUACAGCUGGAACUGCUGCCAAUAAUGGCAGGUCAUCGCCACCGAAACCAAAAGCUGAAAAAAAAGUAGCAAAUUAGUACAAUAAUAAUUACAUAUAAUAUAUAAUAUUAGUAUAGUAUGUAUGUACAAUAUUAUUAUAUGAAUUAUAUCAUAAUAAAAUAAGAGACUAUGAAGUCUGAACACGGUGCUCACAUAAUAUUGUGGGGUUUCAGCAUGCCCUGCAAUUGAGGCUGUCUACAGGGAUUUGUAUAACAGUAUUUUGAGUUAUAUUUCUCUUUGUAUUUUAAUACAAUUUUAUGUCAAAAUGUUGUAUCAUGUUCCUAACGUUUGUGUAUGGAUUUAUAUCUUUACUUUGAUA